ACUCCCAUUAUAUGUUAGAUGCCAAUUUUUAACAGAUACGGAAAAAUGUUACUUCGAUCAAUUCAAUUCAACAUUGUGUGAUUGAUUCUUAUAAACAACGCUAUUUGUAAUGGCGGAAGAAACUCUGCGGUUUCGUCUUAAAAAUCAGAAUGCUGGUGGCCAGACACAAGGCAACUCAGAAGAUGAAGCGAAUUUUAGGGUUCAAGCACCAGUGUGGUGUUUUGAUGCUCAAGAGACAUGCAAAGGAGCUUUUCAAAGAAUGGCCUUUGCUAUUAAAGUUUUCAAUGACGAGAAAAUUACAUGCUCCGGAAGUGUUUCAAAUUGGAAGAAUUUGAUGUGGAAGUUUAUGAAUGGAAUCAUGGCAGGAUUGUUCUUCAUUGCUGCAUUGUUACAGGUGAAUGACCCAGAUCCUGCUCUAUGGAUAGGGUUGUACAUGAUACCAGCAUUCAUUUGCAUCACCAUAGUGGCAUACCCUGCACUACAAGGUUUGAAAAUAUUCAAAGUUCUAGCAUUGUUCCAAAUAUGCUUAUGCCUAACUGUCAUAUUGUACACAAUUUAUACUGGAUUGAAUGAGUUGGUUAAACAAAGAGGGAAUAUUUUUGUUGCUGAAGAAGGAAGAGAGGCAACUGGAUUGGCAAUUGUAGUGGCAUGGCUUUCUGUAACACUCCUGACUGAUGCAAAAAGCGUACAGACCAUGAACAUAUUUAGCUGGCUGAAGGUCAUUGCAAUAAUUUCAAUUCCAUUUGUACUCAUCACAAUUUGGGCAUACACCACUGAUUUAAGCAGUGGUCCAGAGCAUUGCCAUACACUUAUCAAAGGAAAAUGAUGUAACAGAUUGGUGCCAAAAAGCAAGAAAUUAGAUUUUAUUCAUGAGAAAUACAUUGGAAGCAGCUUUUCACAGUAACUUUGUCAAUGCCAUGCAAUCUUUGCAUCUGACUGACUUAGAUUUUAGGAUGCUUCACAUGGAGACCAAAUAUUAUGCUGACAGAAGUGGAUCUUAUUGUAGAUAGUUAAUACAAACUGAAAAGGCAGUAUUUAUUUUAUAUAUUUAUGAAUAUUCUGAGUUUUAAAAUCAGAUGGCUUGUUGUUAAGAAAGUAAAACUAUUUUAACAAAUAAAGUAAUAUCAUUGUUUACAAGUUGUGGGCCCAAACUGUAUUUAAGGUUCCUCACAAUAUGUAUCUACAUACAUUGGAGUAAAACAGCUAUUCAUCUGUCAUAAGAGUAUGUGUGGGACAAGAGCUUUUUCCACCGACCUGCAUAGUUUUGAUGGCAGACAUCAAGCUAAAAGGGAAGCAGAUAUUUCUGUUUAUAGAGGGCAUUGUCCAAUAUUUGUCUUAUAACACACUAUGGAGAAAUGGACACUCUUGACAUUAUAUAUUUUGAAACCAGAAAUAACGAUAGAAAUAUAAAUUUCAUACAGUAAUUAAUUAUAAUUUUAGUUGUAAAUUUGAGACAACAAUUUACACACUCAGGAAUCCUCUUGAAUUUUUUGCUGUUAGUUUUAUGUUGUUAGUUGGCUUAAUUUAAAAAAAUAUAAUAAAUUAAAUAAAAAAAUGCUAGCCAGAAUUUGGUAUCAGUGCAUAAUUUUUUAUGAAACUUCAAAAUAUUUUUUCUGUGUGAUUUUCAUUAAUAAAACAAAGCACGCACUACACAAUGGCAAAAUAUCAGCUCAAAAACAGUUUUUAUUAACACUGUCCUUUUCUUGUUAUUCCAUUGUCUUUUAAUUACAUUAUCAGUCUUUGAAAUUUGAAAAAAGAUUAUUUUGAUGAAUGUACAUGUGAUACAAACUGAAAUAACUUUUUAUCUGUCAUUUUUCAUUCCUGUUAUUAAGAAAUAUAGGGUGCUGCUUUCAAGAAGACCUUUGUGUUAAAAACCGAACAAACACCAAGAAAUUGCACACCCUUAUUUCACACUUGUGAGGUCAUAAAAAGCCUUCUUUUAGAAUUUUGACCACAUGAUCUGAAAGAAAGGCAUAAAAUACCCCUCAAUAUAAAUCAGCUAAAUAUGUUCAAAUUGAACUUCAAAACUGGACAAGAUAUGGCCAAUGAAAGAUUCCACGUUUUUGCCUGGUUCAUAACGUUAUCAAGAAGGAUGCAAUAACAAAAAAUUGGAUGGGCAAGACCAGUAGCUCAUGUGGCCAUAUCUCAGCCAAUGUAGAACACAUUUAACUGACUUCGUACAGAGUGGUAUUUCACUUUGCUCUCUCAGGGUAUUGGAUCCAAAUCAAAAAUGCUAAAAAUAGAUUCUUGUCACAUCAUUAUUUAAGAACUCUAGGUUCUGGUAUUUUCCUUUGUAUUUCUUAAUUUUCAAUUACUUUAUUGUUUCCCUUUUACCACCAUCAUUCAAAUCUUUC